AGGCGGAAUGGACGUAUCCACCAGUGUUCCCAGCUUCACCUUCAGCCCAGCGGAGCCGCGGGAGAAGCCAGGCCCGACAUGACAGCACCGGGACGGGAGAAGAAAGCCAGUCAGCAGCCGCGGGUAACCGUCCGGCCGGAGGCGCUCUGGGCAGCGGGUCGCUACGCCGUGCUGGCCGCCCUGUGCGCCCUGUGCUACAGCAACUCUCUCCGCGGGGAGUUGGUGCACGACGAUGUGUGGGCUAUCGUCAACAACCCGGACGUCCGACCGAGCUCCAGCCUCAGAAACAUCUUCAGCAACGACUUCUGGGGCAAAAGGAUGGCGGACAAUACGAGCCACAAGUCCUACAGACCGCUGUGCAUCCUCACCUUCAAGUUGAACAUCCUGCUGGGCGGCAUGACGCCCUUGUAUUUCCACGUCGUCAACGUCUGUUUGCACUGCGCCGUUACCUGCCUGCUGAUGCGCACGUGUGAGCGCUGCGUGUUUGAAGACUGGCGCCUGGCUUUCGUCACGGCGCUCCUCUUCGCCGUGCACCCCGUCCACACCGAGGCCGUGUCUGGUAUCGUGGGCAGGGCUGACGUCUUGGCCUGUCUGCUGUUCUUGCUGACGUUCCUCUCCUAUAUUAGGAGCGUGGGUGCGUGCGCCUCUGAGGAUUCCCUGCCCGUCACGGUCUCGACGUGGUCCCUGUUCGUCAGUUUGUUCCUGGGCACGUGCGCCAUGCUGGUGAAGGAGACGGGCAUCACCGUGUUUGGAGUGUGCGCGCUCUACGAUGCCCUGGUCCUCUGCCGCAAGCCCCUCAUCCAUCACCUGUCUGGCUCCAGACUCAGGGACCUCCUCUACAUCUGCAGCCCCUUCAUCAAGCGAGCCUGCCUCAUCUCUGGCUAUGUGGUGAUCAUCAUGUCGUUCAGGCUGUGGCUGAUGGGAGGAUCCAUGCCUCUCUUCUCUGAACAGGACAACCCCGCCUCCUUCUCACCUCACCUGCUUACCAGGAUCCUGACCUACUCUUACCUGCUGUCGUUUAACGCCUGGCUGCUGCUGGCGCCCGUCGUGCUGUGCUACGACUGGCAGGUGGGCAGCAUCCCGCUGGUGGAGUCGCUGGAUGACGCGCGCAACGCGGCCACCGUGCUGCUGGCCGCCGUGAUGGUCGCCCUCUGCCUGCGCUGCGUCCUCUCACUGCAGAAGCAGGAGAGCAGGGAGGUGCUGGUGGGGAUGUUGUUCCUGGUGUUUCCCUUCAUUCCUGCCAGUAACCUGUUCUUCAGAGUCGGAUUUGUCGUGGCCGAGAGGGUUCUCUACAUGCCGAGUAUGGGCUACUGCAUCCUGGUGGCUCACGGCCUGGGUCGGCUGUGUUCGGUGGUGGGCCGCUGGGGCACCACAGUCCUCAGCGUCUCCACGCUGCUGCUGCUCCUGCUCUUCUCCUGGAAGACUGUCCAGCAGAACCACGUCUGGCUCUCCAGGGAAGCCCUGUUCCGGUCCGGCAUCCAGACUCUGCCCCACAACGCCAAAGUCCACUACAACUACGCCAACUUCCUGAAAGACAGCGGUCGGCACCAGGAGGCCAUUCACCACUACACCGCCGCCCUCAGGUUAUAUCCCCGGCAUGCCAGCGCCAUGAACAAUCUCGGCACCCUGACACGCAGCCCAGAGGAGGCGGAGCGCUAUUACAGAAGAGCACUGGACACCAACCCUCAGCAUAACCGAGCUCUCUUCAACCUGGGAAACCUCCUCAAGUCUCAGGGGAAGGAGAAAGAGGCCGAGGCUCUGCUGAAGGACUCCAUACGCUUCGGUCCACAUUUUGCUGAUGCGUACUCCAGUCUGGCAUCGCUCUAUGCUGAACAGAAACGCUUUCCUGAAGCCAAAGAGGUGUAUCUGAAAGGCAUAGAGAACUGCCCAGACAGCUCCGACCUGCAUAACAACUAUGGAGUCUUUCUGGUGGAUACAGGAGAGGGGGAGCUGGCAGCCGCUCACUACCAGCAAGCCGUUCGACUCAAACCAGCACACUAUGUUGCCAUGGUGAACCUGGGCCGCCUGCUCCGAUCAUCCAAUGAGAACAAAGAAGCAGAGUCUUGGUACAAGAGGGCGCUGCAGGUGACAAGGAAGGUGGACAUCCUGACGCCGCUGGGAGCCCUGUACUACAACACGGGCCGCUACGAGGAGGCCCUGCAGGUGUACAGAGAGGCCGCCGCCCUGCAGCCAGACAGCACCGACAUCUGGCUGGCUCUGGCUCAGGUAUUAGCCAUGGCCGGUCGUACCAAAGAGGCAGAGAAGAUGACCCUGGACAUCAUAUCCAGAGAGGGCAGCUGUAUCGAAUGUUACCGCCUCCUCUCUGCCAUCUACAGCAAGCGAGGCAACUUUACAGAGGCCCUGGACGCUCUGGACCGGGCCCUGCAGCAGAAUCCCAGUGAUCUGACAGUGAGAGCAGAGCUGUAUUUCUCCAAAGGGAACCAGCUCAGAGAGAUGAACCAGCUGGACCGAGCCUUUGAGAGCUACAAACUGGCAGUGGAGCUCAAACCUGAUCAGUCUCAGGCCUGGAUGAACAUGGGAGGGAUUCAGCACAUUAAGGGAGACUAUGCUGCAGCCAGGAUGUACUACCAGCGAGCCCUGCUUCUGACCCCUGGUUCCAAACUUCUGAAGGAAAACCUGGCCAAGCUGGACCGGCUAGAGAGGAGACUGACAGGGGGGGCGUAGAUCGUCACGGUCCCCACAUAUGCUGCACCCUGGGCGUGGAUCAGGGUUACUGCCCUCCUCCAGCCCUAUGGAGCCUAAACACCAGCCAGCAGGCUGCUGGAUGAAAGAAAGAAGAAAAAAAAAAAGGACCUGGUUACUAAGACAACCUGCCUGCGUGAGAGCGAAGGGGCCGAUGAGCUUGUCAGGACUGCAGGGUGUUGAGCACGCCGGAGCUGAGGAGACCGGUCGAGCCACGGUCGAGCCAUGGUCGAGCCACAGUCCAGAAGCCUUUCCUGGGAUAAAAAGAAAGGAAUGGCUGGUUGAAGAACAGCUGGGAGCUCCAUGCAUUGCCCCAUCUGCAUCAGCUUUAGUUCAACAUGCAUAUCUGCUUCAGACAUUUCCGUUUGAUUUGAUAUUUCACAGGAAGUCGUUUUCUUUAUGGCACUUAAUCACAAGCUCUAACCGAGUCCUCUGCUCUGCCUAUGAGAAUUACUCAUGUAUUUACAUUAGUGCUGUGAAUGUGUGUGCAAAAUGUUAUUAUGAAGGGAACGAGCAUGGAAGUUCAUUCUUCAGCUUUGGGAACAGUUUGUGACGAAAUAUUCAAAGCUCAAAGGUCCACGUAGCUGCUUUUCAGAGCUUUCAACCACAAGCUCAGAGUCCUCUUCGGUGGAGCCUCCUCAGGCCUCUUGCUCUGCAAUGUUAUUGGCUACUUUUGGGCUAAUUCAAAGUCUGAGUGUUGUUUAAAAUUAAUGUUAAGUUAAAGUAAAGUCAGUUUAAGAUCUUUACAGCAUAUGACAUCCAACGUCCUCAUGGUGCAUUCAGAACAAACAUGAAGCAAAUUUUCGUUUCAUUCUUCGCUCAGAUCCGGCCAUUUGACUGUUUUUGGAGUAUUUCGCAAUCCACAAAUAUUCAGCCUUAACAUCCAAUGAGAGUACUCCUUCCGGAAAGGAGGAGGGGCUUGCUUCCAAAGAUACCACAUACCACCUUAGCAACGUUUAUUUUCACUGUCAACCGUGGCCGAAAUAACCUCUAUUGCUGACGGUUGUGCUAAUGUUUAUGCUAACUACCUGUGGAUGGCAGCUAAUGCUAAUGCUAACUUGGCUCAUAGUAAAGUUCAGGAGCUGGAGUCAAGUAACAGAUACUAGCUGAUUUUUCUUUUGUCCUGUCUUUGUAAACCACAGACGUCAUGUCGCACAGCUCAGGACACCCACAGACGGUGGCGAUGAGCUUAUCUUCCCCCGGUGACGUCAGGAGAAUCUCAGCGCUGACGGGCUUUCGCGCUGACAGCGUCGCACAAAGUUUUCACUCAAGUUGAAAUAUUUUUAAUUCUCGCAGACGUAAAUUCGCAGCUAUUCUCAUCUUCGCACUGACUUUGUAUGUAAUUGCGCUGCGGGAAAAAUUCGCUUCGUGUUUGGUCUGAAGGGAACAAACCAGAAACCUCAGGAAGGGAAACUGCAGAGUCAUGUGUGCGUGUAUAUGGACAAUCAUGAUGUCAAAAAUGAUAGAAGUCAUGUGACCUCUGCUAAAGACCACCUUUGGGCCACGGCAGAGGUUGACCAAACUUCCAUAACACCUGAGCCAGCUCCCUUUGCCGAGGAAGACCGUGAGAUACUGUUGAAAGCUCUGAAAAGUAAGCGGAGCUUUGAGUUGAGACAGUCUGACAUGAUUUAUUUUGAUCCCACUCUCUGUCGGACACAUCAGUGGAUGUAACAAGAGGCUCAAUCUGUAAAGCUCCGAUUACAGGACUUAUCUGACACGAGCUGUUCCAUGUUCACCCGACUUCUGUUUCCAGAUCUAUCUACAGCACACGACCUGAUGUCGCCAGCCUUUUUGCAAAGCAUAAUAAGCUAGUGUGUCUGUGUGAGGAGCUGAGAGUCGUGGCUUCGUGCGUACCGUAACCUCUGAGGACUGCUGUUUGGUCGCUUGUUGUGGUUUGUGUCGGCGUUAAUGUUGAUUGUGAAUGAAUUUUGAAGUGAAAUGGGAUGAAAAUGAAGUGACUAGUGCAAUGAAUGACUUGCACAAAGAAAAUAACUAAAGUAUAUGUUUUAUUAAACAGUGUUUGGAGUUGUUAUGUGUUUAUACAACAACAAAAAAAACUCCAUGGAUUCACUG